AUAUAUAAAACAGAACAUUUCCAAUAUGGCGGACAAAGUGGAUUGCCAGUGACCUGGAAAAUCUUUUUAUAAUCCGUAAUUUGUAAGGUCGAAAUCGUUUCUAAUAAGAUGCCACUGGUUCUUAUGUGUGGGUACCCUUGUUCAGGGAAGUCAAAGAGAGCGGAAGAAUUAAAAAGUUAUUUGGAAAAUUCCAAGGGAAAGACCGUUCACAUGGCUGGUGAUGAGAGCAUAGAUUUGGAAAGAAACGUGGUUUAUGCAGGUAAUUUUAACUUAUUUAAUUACAAUGUAGACAAAAGUGAAGGCCAUCUGCUCAAGAAAGUUCAUUGUGACACUCCAAAAGAAACAUGCAGAGAGUGGAACAGAACAAGAGAGAAAAGAUAUAAUGAUGACAUAUUAGAUGCAUUGGUGAUGAGAUUUGAGCCUCCAGAGUCAAGAAACAGAUGGGAUUCCCCUCUGUUUGUUAUUCAGGUGGGCGACAACCUUCCUUUCGACUCUAUAUAUGAUUCACUGAUUAACAGAAUACCGCCUCCACCAAAUCAGGCUACCCAACCGCAACCAUUGUCUGCAACAAACUUCUUAUAUGAACUUGAUAAAAUGACACAAGAGAUAGUCACGGCAUUGUUGAAUUCUCAACGUACAUUUGUACCUGGUGAUCAUGUAACAGUUCCAGGGACGUCCGAAAAAGUUGUCCUGAAUAGAACUGUUAACAUGGCGGAAUUGAGAAGAAUACGUCGGCAGUUUAUUACUUACACCAAAAUGCACCCUGUAGAAGAUACAAAGAAAAUUGCGAAUAUGUUUGUACAAUACCUGAACAGUAGCGUCAAAUAAAUGCUCUUAUUUUAUGACA